UUCUGGUAGGAGGGGGGUGGUUCGCAGCCGGUGCGCGCAUUCAAAUUAUCCCCAGAUUGCCGCCAAAACGUGUGAUUGGUCAGUAUCAAAUAGCUACAAAAGGAGCGGGAAGAGUAGUUUGUUCAUCAAACUGUAGAGGCGCUAGUGUUUGUUGUGAUAAAAAUUGUUCAUUCCGUCGCAUGCUCAUCCCAAAAUUAUAUUAUUUUGCCGAAUUAUUUUUUGUGUUAUUUCAAUUCAGCAUAGUCUUGAGAUGUAUGUGAAUAGUAUUGCUUCAUAAUUCAUAAUCAGCAGAAUCGGAGCUCUUCGAAGGUACAAAAUGGUGCUACCUACGAUUUUGUUUUCAUCUCGCCGUCCGCUGAUUCCGACUCUGCGAUUUCCCGACUGUUCGAAUUCCACGAGGCUUCUUUUGCGUCCGAUUGCCAAUCUAAUCCUAUUUCAAUUACGUACCAUAAACAUCCUUGACUUGAUGCUUGGCUCGUGUAGAUGAUCACAAAUCAAGAUUGUUUGUACCCAACGUGGACAGGAAAACUGCAACAAAUGGACAUGGGUGGACAAAACAGCAAUAUUGCUUUCAGCAGAUAAAAAAACCUUGUUUCCUUUCAUUGACAAACAGGCGUUGACAAGAACAAAAUGGAUGACAGGACUGUGUUGCCCCACAGACAUAAUAGUUCCCUUUUACUCUUCGCAAUGGAAAUUUUACUCUGGAAAAACUUGACUACAAGCCUGUCAAAAUUCCUUACCUCUGCCAUAUUAUGGAUUACUCAGUGGAGUUUCUUAGGAAGGAAUGGUACUCCCCAGUGUUGUUAUCGGGAAAAAUUUGAAAUGGUUAUUCUGAACGCAGAAUUGUGUUCGAGUUGUUGAAGCGUAGAGAAAAUUGGACCGCUCUUCUAUCUUUGUGACAACCUCUGGAAUGCCGUGCGGUAUCAUCUGUACAACUCACACUCACCUCUUCAUGUAAAGGUAGCAGAGUAUAGAUUUGAAGUGAAGUAGGAAUAUUUUGCUUUAAGGUAUUCCUUAAGGUCCUCGACAGUUACGAGAGUGAAGCAAUUGAAGAACAAGCCGCGACUAACCUCGUUGCAAGGCUGAAUUAAAGUGUGAGAAGGUCUGCAGGUCCAGAUCCCUCCCCCAUAUGAGAGCGGAACAAUCGAAUAUUAAGACACAACCAACCUUCCUCCAAGGGUUAUCUAUUCAAGUAUGGAAAAGACUGCAGGAGAAAUGAAUUUGCUGUACACCGUCAGACAACUCCUCUGAAGCAUGAGUUUACUGGAUUGGAUCGAUCAUCAGGUUUAAAAUCAGCCUUUUAGUUGUCUUUUUACUUCUAUGGAAUUGCUAAAAAAAGACAAUGUUUGCAAGAAUGGUGAAGUUGAUGAUGUUCUGUUUGACUGUCCUCUACCUGCCAUCACUGGAGUCAAAGCUGAUAAAAUGGGAGCAAUGAUGAAGCAGCCAUAGUUUAAGGAAUGUCGAUGGAAAAUUCCUGUGCAAAUCUUGAGCUGAAUGAAGUAGACAAAAACAUGGAGGUCAGUCACUCAGUUUUCGUGAAGGAGGAGUUUCCAGAUUCGGAUCCACCAUCCGGCCCAGGUAUUGAAUCCAUUGAUUUUGACCCGCUAGUGAAAUUAGAAGAUGGAACUCCUCAAGAAGAAAUUCGUAUUCCUCAAGAGCUCCAAUCAGAAUCCACCAGUUCAUCUAGUUGCGUGCUCGCUCAAGUAAAAAUUGAAGUAGAAGAGGAGGAUUACAACAUGGUUGACCCGUUACAGAAUGAUAUUGAUGUCGCAACCACAGAAGCAGAAGUAAACAGUAAUCAAUCGCUCAGCAGACUCCACGAGGUUAUGGAAGAGGGGGAGAUAAUAGUUCCUGAAGCAAUUCCUUCCAAGGGACAGGCAUUAAACUUCCCCAACCAAAUAAAACGCGAAGUAUGCGAAGAGGAUGAUCAUUUUGUCUCUUUGUUACAUCCCAUCGUUGAAAUUAGGAACGAAUUACCCGUGCAAUCAAGCGAAUAUAGGAGAUUCUAUGACUGCGGAGACUAUAGUAUUAAUAUGAGAAGUAAUAUUCAUAAUUCAUGCAGUGAACAAAAAAAGUCAGAGACUGGUGCAAGCACAGAGCACCGACAACUACCAUUCCUUAAUCUCAGAGAAAACUCAGCAUCUCCCAAAAAGAAAUCUCAGAAGGGGAGCAAACGAUUUAGUUGCGACCAUUGUUCUUCCACAUUCACUCAGAAAUCAAGUUUAAAGCAACAUAUCCUGAUACACACGGGUGAGAAACCAUUUAGUUGCAGUAUUUGCCCUGUCUCAUUCACUCAAAAAUCAGAUUUAACACGACAUAUUGCCGUGCAUAGCGGUGAAAAACCAUUCGUUUGCUCCUAUUGUUCCGCUUCCUUUUCUGUUAAAAGAUAUUUGAAGGAACAUAUUGAAAUGCAUACCCUUGAGAAUGCACUGAAAUGUAGUUAUUGCCCUGCCAGUUUUGCCAGAAAACGCAGUUUAAAACUGCAUCUUCUCAAACACACGGGCGAGAAACUUUUUUGUAGUUAUUGCUCUGCCUCUUUUGUCUUUCAAAGCCACUUGGAGGAGCAUGUAAGAAGUCACACUGGUGAGAAACCGUUUAUUUGCAGCGAAUGCUCUGCCUCUUUCUCUUGCAAAAGACAUCUAAACCACCAUGUAGAAAAAGAGCAUACUCGUAAGUAUCCAUUGAAAUGCGAUUAUUGCUCUGCUACUUUUGAGUGGAGAAAUAGUUUAAAUCGACAUUUAUUCAAGCAUAGAGGUGAAAAACCAUUUACUUGUAGUCUAUGUCCAGCCUCUUAUGCCACUAAAAGCUAUUUAGAGGAGCAUUUAAGAAGUCACACCGGCGAGAAGCCAUUUAGUUGCAGCUAUUGUUCAGCCUCUUUCUCAUAUAAAAGGUAUCUAAAGCAACACGAGGAAACGCAUACACGUCAGAAUAUGUUUAAAUGCGACCAUUGCUCUCAAAACUUCACGUGGAAGAACAGUUUGAAGCGGCACAUGUUGCAGCACACUGACAAAAAACCACAAGACACUGAGGGGAAGCCUUUCUGUUGCCCCCAGUGCUCUACCUUUUUCACCUUAAAGAGAAGUUUAAGAAGACAUAUUCUCAAGUACUGCGGCAAAAAAACAUUGGCUUGAAGUCAUUUGUCUUGGAUGCUACUAAAAGCCAUUUGAGAGAGCAAAAAUGACUCAGUCACAUCGGCAGAGGGACCCAUUCUCUUGCAGUCAGCUACCAGCCUCUUUUCUUGAAGAAGAAUUCAUCGUCAUUAUGUGCCAUAACAAAAAGGAGUGGAAUCAUCAUGCUCUUGUACAUCGAGACGCCUGCUCAUAUGAAUGGAUAGUAACUACAAGAAAUUUUGAAAUGUUGGAAGGAGUGAUGGUGGUGAAAUGAAAGCUCCAACCUGUAAGUAAUCAAAUUAUAGCAUUUAGCUCUCGGAAGCAGCGUUCAAUUAAGUAGAAUCAAUUAAGUUCAAUUAAAUGCGUCCCAAAGCAUCGCAUUAUGUAUUCAAUAGGAAUACGAUUUUGAAAUAAUUAGUUUUGAAUCGCAGCUGAGGACAUUUAGAAUUAGACUAAAAAAAAACUCAAAUAUUUUGUUUUCCUACCAUAAAUUACUCAUGUGUCUCCUUGAUUCAUCAGUCAACUGACAUUCAAGAGCGAGUUUGUAUAGCCCUGGAUAGACGAUCAAAUUCCAAACCAUUUCC